GUGAGCCUCGGCUGUAGAUCGGACCUCUACGGAAUACCUCGACUAGAAAAAUCGGACAAUUGACCACAAUCGCAUAUGAAAUAAUCAUCGGCACAUAUCCAAGAGCUCAUUUACCCAGAAAGGCAAGAAACCCACCGCAAAACACCAUCCAAAUCAUCAGUCAUGCCUGCUCUCGUCACUGUCGCGUACCCCCGCCCAGAGGCCAAGGACGGUAAACUGCCCAAGGACGUUUUCAAAUUUGACCUUAAAUACUACCUCGAGCAACACAUGCCCCUCGUCCAGAAGCUGUGGGCUCCCCUGGGCCUGCAGUCCUGGGCUGUCACCCACAAUACCGACGACGCGGAGACCUACGUUGUUCAAGCCGUCUUGAUGUGGGAUAGCCUCGAGGCUUUCGGAGCGGCAGCCGCCCCUGGCGAAAUCGCCACCCAGGUCUUCGGCGAUGUACCUAACUUUACCGACAUCCAACCCAAGCUUCUCAAGGGCGAUAUCGUGGGCGGAUGGCAGGCUUGAUGCGCAAACGUUGGAGGGCUUUCGUCGAGAAGUGAUGUGAGCACAGGGUGGAACUACAGGGAGGGAAAGAAAUCAUCUUGCCUAUGUAUGGGAACACGGGAAUGGCGGCCCAGCUUUAUCAUGUUACUACCUAACAGUAUCUACACAAUUGGGAACCUCUUGCGAAAGAAGUCGGAUCUAGGUCCAUCUUCCAAUUCAUCUUCUAAGCGCUCAUACAUGUUACUCGAUUUCUAUAUUAUGUUUACCAAUAACGUGAAUGUACACCGAGCUGGCCAUGACACCGAG